GGAGCCCGCCAAGGCGGAUAUCACGGGGCUGUGCCAGGACAUGUUCUCCAAAAUGGCCACGUACCUGACGGGCGAGCUCACAGCUACCAGUGAAGACUAUAAACUUCUGGAAAAUAUGAACAAACUGACUAGCUUGAAGUAUCUAGAAAUGAAAGAUAUUGCAGUAAACAUAAGUAGAAACCUAAAGGACUUAAACCAGAAAUAUGCAGCACUUCAGCCUUAUCUGGAUCAGAUCACUCUAAUUGAGGAGCAAGUAGCACCUCUUGAGCAGGCAGCUUACAAAUUGGAUGCAUAUUCAAAGAAACUAGAAGCAAAGUACAAGAAGUUAGGGAGGCGAUGA